AUGGAAUCAAUCGUGUAUGAAAACUCGCCUUUGGCCGAGUAUUUGGAAGGGGAGGGUGGAAACGAAGAGAGUUGGCCCGUGGAGGAGAAUCAGAGCGACGAUGAUCAUACCCGGUCCUCCAACUUUGCCCCUCGAGGGGCUUCCAAAUUCCAGAAUCGCGUUCGAAAUAAGCUGCCGAAGCCUCUCAAUAUACGAGGAACACCGCAGGUCGAACUGAUUGGGAAACUCUAUGACGCUUGUUCGUCUAACCUGAACGUCCGAUUGCCACGAAGCGACAACGAACGGUUUUUGGAACAAUUUGGCUAUGUUAUUGUUGCAUCGCAACUGUUGAACGAACACGGCGCUCCUUCCUACACAUCCGCUGCAGAUGUUCUAUCUGCAAAACAACCUGCAGAUCUCCCGUCCCUAUCUACAACUUUUGGACUUCAAGGCGCCAUUGUCACAGCCGCCACAUCCUUCUCGAUCGCUUGGUUAAUACAUUGGAGCCGCCCAAAGACUGGGUCAGGACUCAGUCUCAAGAGAGUUGGAGUGCUCCUGAUACUUGUGCCUGCUGUCGGGGUGUUUUUCUAUACUUUCGCAAAACGGCAAUGGUUGAAAUAUCUUCGGCACCAGGCCGUUGAGGCAGCCGUCCCUUUCAUUGGAAACGCCCAGGGAUUUGAUUCUAUUGCAUCGGCUUCUGUGAUCUUCAUUCAGGAGGUUGAACUGGUCUCAAGAGGUUAUCGGAUAAGCACUCCUCUACCACCCAUCAGUCGGAUAGAGGAUCUAGUACAAACGCGACGAUGCCUGAGAUUACGCAGAGCGGUCUCAGAAUGCUUCUACUCCUUGCUCGAGCGGUACAUUCAAUCCCAGAAUACCUUGCGUCCACUUACCGACGAAGGCGAUCUUGCGAAAUAUUACGAUAUUUAUGACAUUGGACUAGAAGAACUCGAAGUGGUUGAGAUGUCGCUGUCGCAACGAGCCAACGAAGACCAGUACUCGUUGCGCGCUCUCAGAGAUCUGUUUGGAAAACUGUACAGUGUGAGAAAAAGCGUGCUGUGCUGUUUGCUGGCUCUCAGCGCCGAUGGCGGCGGCUCCGAUAUUGCUCGGUGGAGUUCUGCAGUCGAGGAAAUGCGUGAGCUCGCUGCGGUGAGUGGCAAUUGUAUGCUGAAAAUGACAAAAAUCUUAAAUGAGGAGGACCAUGAUGACAUUCCCCCAUCCCCUUCACCUUCCGCCCCACCAAGCAAGGAACACCUGCGUGCUCAAUUUCGACGGCUCGGUUCCUUGUCACAAGGGGUCCGCGCCUUGCAUGCUAAAAUGCACAUUGCCAGCGAGGAGUCACGUGCCAAUCUAGAACGUGCGGACCCUGAUGAGUUUGAAGCCGCUCUCCUUGCACAAUAUGACUCGAUUGGCAGUGAUCUUAGGGCUCUUCUCCAAGAGUGGGAAGCCGGUAAAGCCGCACUGGCAAACCAACACGAUCGCCUUAGUGUCGGGGAUCGCUCGCGGCCGGCAAGCACUUUCUUACCUAUGUCCCCAACUCCGAGUCUGGGGGGAUCUACAGCAGUUGAGGGAAGCCCAACGGAUGCACUGAAAACCUUAAUUGGCGAGGGCCGGCCGGAUCUGACCCAGACCUAUGAUGAUGAGGAAAUCUUCGAAGCUGUUGUCCUCCCGGCCUCGAGAAACAAGAGAAUGUCUUUGACAAGAGACGAACGUCUUGCACGUGUCGUCGACGCCAUCAAGGAUCUUGUCCAGGACUGCAACUUCGAUUGCAAUGACUCCGGAAUCGCCCUCCAGGCCAUGGACAAUUCGCAUGUCGCCUUGGUCUCUAUGCUUCUACGUGCGGAGGGCUUCUCUCCCUACCGCUGCGACCGUAACAUCGCCCUUGGCAUCAACCUGCUCUCCCUGACCAAGGUCCUCCGCGCCGCCCAGAAUGAAGACAUCCUGACCCUCAAGGCCGAGGACUCGCCUGAUGCCGUCAACCUGAUGUUCGAGAGUGCAGAGACAGACCGACUUAGCGAGUAUGACAUCAAGCUCAUGGACAUUGACCAGGAGCACCUGGCCAUCCCUGAGACUGAGUACGCCGCCACCGUGGAGAUGCCUUCUUCUGAGUUCCAGCGCAUCUGCAGAGAUCUCAACGCGCUGUCCGAGUCUGUCGUAAUCGAGGCCAGCAAGGAGGGUGUCAAGUUCUCCUGCCAGGGUGAUAUCGGUAACGGAUCCGUCACCAUCCGCCAGCACACGAACGUCGACAAGCCCGACCAGAACGUCGUCAUCAACCUCUCCGAACCCGUCGCCCUGACUUUCUCCCUCAAGUACCUCGUCAACUUCUGCAAGGCGUCUAACCUAUCCUCAUCUGUCGUGCUGCACCUCUCCCAGGAAGUGCCGCUGCUUGUUGAGUACGGUCUCGGAAGUGGCCACCUGCGGUUCUACCUUGCUCCUAAGAUCGGCGACGAAGAGUAA